AUGAGCGAAAACAAACAAGAAAAAGAAGUCGCCCCACCGCCGCCACCCGGUUUCGAGGACGUCAAAGCCGGCGCGCACCUCGACGAAGUCGCCCAAGUGGCGGAGAAAUUAGCCAAAGGCGAGGAUUUGCGUCUGGGGACGAAGAAAGAAGGCACCGUGGACGCGCCGGAUUUGAGUUUAAAAACCGGACAAUUGAAAAGCUGGGCCGACGAGGAGGCUGAAACCGAGGCGAUUAUUAAAGUCGCGGACCCGAACUCGAAGUACACCUCGGCGCAAACCUUCGACGAGCUCGGGUUGUCCGCGGAACUCUUGCAAGGUCUCUACACGGAGAUGAAGUUCGAGAAGCCGUCGAAGAUCCAAGCGGAGACGUUACCUAUGAUUUUAACGCCGCCGCAUAGAAACUUAAUCGCGCAAGCGCACAACGGGAGUGGGAAAACGACGUGUUUUACGCUCGGGAUUUUGAGUCGGGUGAACGUGAACGAACCCGGGACGCAAGGGUUGAUGAUUUGUCCGACGAGAGAAUUGGUGAUUCAAAACGUCGGCGUGAUGCAAAGGAUGGGGAAGUACACGAACAUUUCGAUCGCGAGUACCGCGGAUCCGAAAUACGACGGGUAUAACAAAGAACAGAUUAACGGGCAGGUGGUGAUUGGAACGCCGGGGAGGUUGUUGCGGUGGAUGCGGGAGAAACAGUUGGACUGUUCGAAAGUAAACUGCUUGGUCUUUGACGAGGCGGACAACAUGUUAGGCACGGACGGACACAGAGUGGACUCGACGAAAAUUUUGAAACAUUUACAGAUGAGCGCAAAAAAUUGGCAAGUGUUGUUGUUUUCGGCGACAUUUAACGAGGCUGUGAAGACGUUUGCCACGAAAGUGGUGCCCAACGCGAACCAGAUUUUCUUGCCGGCGCACGAGUUGUCCUUGGACGUGAUCAAACAGUACCGAGUGAACGUACAAUCGAACGACCAGAAAGACAUGUUAUUGAAAGAGAAGAUUUUUCCGCUUUGCGAUAAGAUUGGGCAAACGAUUAUUUUCGUGAGAACGAGAGAAGGAGCGAGACGAUUACACGCGAGCAUGCAAAGAGACGGAUUUAAAUGCACCGCGAUUGAAGGACAAAUGCAAAACGAAGACCGCGAUCGAGUGAUUAAAGAGUUUCGAGACGGUCAAACGAAGAUUUUGAUCGCCACGGACGUGUUAAGUAGAGGGUUGGACGUGUCCACGGUGACGUUAGUUAUUAAUUACGACAUGCCGGUGGAGUAUCAGAACCCGUCCGUGCCGAAUUUCGAAACGUACUUACACAGAAUCGGUCGUUCCGGGAGGUUCGGUAAGAAAGGCGCGGCGUUUAACUUGUUGUUGGGAGAAAACGAAAGAUUGGUUUUAGACCAAAUUGAAAGGCAUUUCGAGCACAUGGUGCCCGAGGUCACGUUAAACGACGACGAUACGUUUGAAUCGAUUUUAACAGCCGCUGGUUUGAUGUCGCCGGACGAGUCUUGA